AUGCCAUCGUCCUGCGCGAAAAUAAGACGCUGCACCGACUGGAGAAACCAGUUCAGCCCGGCCCGGGAGAAAGCGAGGAGACCCCAGCUCUCGGCACUGAGAGCGUCCUUUGCAGCCCGGGGUUAUUUCUCAACUCAUCGCUGCCUUAAGGCGCAGCGCAGGCAGGGGCGCAUGGAGAACCCCACCCGGACCCCUGAACGCGCGAACGCGUCUGACCUGGGCACCAUGCCGCGGCCUCCGCUGACUGUGACGCUGACCCUGGUGCCCCUUGUGUGCGUCGUGAGCAACACCAUGGUGGUCCUGGUGGUGGUCCGGAGCCGCCACGUGGUCACACCUACCAACUGUUAUCUGGUGAGCCUGGCAGCUGCAGACCUACUCGUACUUCUGGCAGCCGCAGUGCCCACUGUGACUGAGGCGACGUCUGCCCGAGUUUGGAUCUUCGGCCACGCAGGCUGCCUGGGCAUCACCUACCUGCAGUACCUGGGCAUCAACACCUCCACCGGCUCCAUCACAUUCACUGUGGAGCGCUACCUCGCCAUCUGCCACCCUCUGUGCGCCCAGGCGUUGUGCACCUUGGCGUGCGCCAAGCGCAUCGCGGCAAUGGUGUGGCUGGGCACUGGCGCCUAUUGCAGGCUCUGGCUCUUCUUGGUGGACACGCGCGAGGCAAUGUGCGACUACCUGUCACGAUCUCUCUACCUGCCAGUGUACUUCCUGGACUUCGCGCUCUUCUACGCGCUGCCCCCCCCCGGGUUGGCCACUGUGCUCUACGCACUCAUUGCGCGUGUCCUCUUCCUCAGGCCGCUCCCUCCUAGUUGCUCCAGCUCUGUGAACCAGGGCGAUCAUGCCCGCCAAGCAAGCUUCUCCAAGAGCAGGAAGGGUACCCUCAGUUCCAGGAAGCAGGUCACCAAGAUGCUGGCUGUGGUGGUGAUCCUUUUUGCUCUGCUGUGGCUGCCCUACCUCACCCUGGUGGUGGUGAAUUCCUUCCUGAGCCCACCCUACCUCAACCUCAGCUUCUUUCUCUUCUGCCACCUUUGCAUCUACCUGAACAGUGCUGUCAACCCCAUCGUCUACACCCUCAUGUCUCAGUGCUUCCGCGAGGCUUUCCAUGGGUUGUGUCAGUGCAGGCUGGCCAAGCCCAAGCUUCCACCCCAGGAGGACACCCUCGUUUACUGCAGUGUCCCCAGAGAUUGUUCCCAGCAUGGGCUGGGCUCCUAG